UCCGCUUUCAUAAAGUUGGACAGUGAUUAAUUGAAAUAAUCUAUCUUCCUUUUUCUCAGUCUCACAAACUCUGUUUGUAACACAUCUAACUAUCCAGUUGGCUAUUUUCACUUAGUAAAAAGAGAAGAUAUAUGAUAUUUAGUAUAUAAAUUACCUGUAUAGGUAAAACCGUAUACAGUUUAAAUGUAAUCAACGUACAGUGCGGUUGACAAUGUUAUCGUGAAAGUGAAUAAAGCUGUACGGAUAGCCAUGAAAAAUACAAUUAGAAUAUUCGUGCUAAGCUUUUGGUUUUUCAAAGUGUGUAUCGCUAUCAAGUUGAAAGGGUUGUCACUUGGAACUCUAUCUGACAGAGUACCAUUUCAUCUACAAGGCGUUCAGCAAGCACCAGAGUCAAUGAACCGCGUGUCAAUGCCAGAGUUAAUGAAAGUUUCCACUCUAACAAUUGGUGCAACAAGUAGCAAGUGGCCAAAGAAAGUGAACGAAGUAAAAAAACAGCUGGCGGACAUAAAACUAAACCAGAAAGUACAAAUGCAAACGCAUAAACGUAUGCACAAAAAACUUGUAAGUGAUUCAAACACAACGGGUUUAUCAUCAUUAAAGACUCGGCUCCAAUAUAUACCGAUGUUGACAGCAUCCACUACACUGCCGCGCGAAGUCUUAGCAUCAGUUCGUAAAAACAAGAAACUACAUGAUCAGCGGAAACAGCAGAUACAACGGGCAGUACACCGCCACAAAAAGUUCACAACACAUACUGUGGUUAUGAAGGUGGCAAACAAACAAAACAAGUUUCGACGAGGCAACGAUCAUAAAAGUCUGUCGCAAAAAUGGCGGAGUAAUCGUAUUCGUCGUGAAUUACAGGAAGCGUUUAACUCUAAAGGCGAACCAAAAAUUAAAAAACAACCAUCUACUUCGGAGUUAGUCGAUAAUGCAAAUUUGAUUAUUCGAAAAGGGAGUUUAUUGUUAUUGCACAUGGAUAAUCUAUUGAAGGAUGCCAAUUUUCUUUUGAGUAAUGAAGUAGAUUUGAUAAAAUGGAACUCAAAUUACAAUAUGAAAAGAUUAACUCCACAAAAUUUCCCGCAAAAUGAUUUCAAAAUUGUAUACGCCAAAACUCAAGAAGAAAAUAAACGAAAAAGAGAUUGUUAUAUUUUAAGCGGCAUAUGUACAAAGCAACCUGAUCGGAAAACGGCUGAUAGGCUUCUCUAUGAAGAUGUCAUAGCAAACAUCAGAAAUAUGCAACAUUCACAAAAUAUCCAUUGAAUGGAGAAGGAGCAAACUAUAAGAGAUAUAAUAAAGUUAGGUUAAGUUAAGUUAAGUUGUAAUAUAUAACAAAAUUGUUAUUUCAUUUCAGCUUUCGAUUCGAUUUAUACAUAACAACAAUGGAAGCUCCAAAUUUUUGGAAUCUUAUAAGUUAUUGCACUGUUUAGUGAAAUCUAAACAUUCAAUUAGAGAAAUUCGUCUUGUAAGGCGUUUUUAUAUCAUAUAUUUAUGUUUAUUAGUGAAGUUUCUCUGAAAAGGAUCUGGAGCCAUGGGUAUAGCUGGUAUUUAUAAGUGAAAAUCAUUAAACCAAAAUUUAAAGGUUAUGAAAUCUUUUUAAAAUAUUUAAUCUUUAACUUCAACCAUGCCUUGCUCUCGUGUUCAUUUGACUUUACAAUUAAUAACUUAAGUCUUCGAAAAGUUAUCGAAAUAAAGUUUAAACUUCUGAUAUAUGGGAUACUGCUAUUAAAACUAGAACAUCCAUUACAAUUACAUGUUUUCACAAUAUUAAACUUCCUGAAGUAAGUCUAGCCCAAUAAAUGUUUUAAAAGAACUAAAGACAAUUUUACACAUACGUACAUAUAUUCGUAAUUUCCAAGGAAUUCAAGAUUUGUUUUCAUUUAAAUAAAUUCGGUUUCACUUUUGGAAAUAUUUUGCGCAACUUUUAUGUUUUGGAAGUAAAAUUAAGUACAAUUAAUGAUCGGUCAUGCAAGAAGUAAAUUUACUUUGACUAGUUAUCAGCAACAAUUGCAUACUCGUACAUACGAGUGUAAAUCGAAGUAAGCAGUAACACUAGGCACGCACGAAAUUUUUCAAGAACGCGCGACAUUAAUGGAAAAGCAUGUAGUUAUAUACAUACAUAGAAGUAGAUAAUUACAAAGAAUCACAAGGUUUAAUAGGCAUGCAAGUACCCACCUCAGUCGUAAAAAAGCUCUGAAAUUUUCAGUCCGGCCCACAUUUUAGUCUAAUAGAGAAAACAAGUAAAGGUUUGUAUGCUUGAGCUAUUGUCAAAGAGCGGUGGAGAAGAACAUUAUCCGACGAAACCUUGAUGGGGCUUAUAAUUAAAACUAAAAAAAACUUAUUUAUUUAUCAAUUUUCUUAACAUUUCCAUUGUUUAACAAAAUACACGCCAUUGUUGUAGGAAAACUUUUUUAUUUUUCGUGUAGGUAUAAUCAACAAGUCGACUUUCUGGAGAUGAAUGCUUAUAAAAGCGCAAAUAGUCAUUUUGUAGUUAUCAGUUGUCAUUGUUAUACGGUAACAUAAUAAACGGAGGAAACUCUAUUAAUAUUAUUUAAUUUAUUAGAAAGUUUUAAAGAUAUUAGUCGAAAAUAUAAAACAAUAAAAUAGUAUGGCUCUACUAAAGUGUAGCCAGGUGAUGUCUAUAGUUUUGUUAUGCACAAUGAUACUAGCGGAAAAUUCAAUUCAUGCGGCGCCUAAUUCCGAGCAAGUUAUAGCAUCCAGUCAAUCAGAUGACUUAGAUAGUGGUGUUUAUAGCGAAAAAGACGAUUUGCAAUCGUCUUCCUCCAUUGGUUAUGGGUACUACUCGUACCCUUACUUGAGUGGUGGUUUCUAUGGGGGAUACAAUCCAUAUUAUGGUGGCAUAUACGGUUUAGGUUACCCUUAUUAUGGUGGCUACUAUGGCGGUCAUCAUGGAUUUCAUGGCCAUUACUGGUAAAGCGAUAUACUGGAAUUCGUCUAUAUGAAAGUAAAAAUUUUGCACAGUUUUGAUCAACAAAUAAUAAAAUUCAAGAUCAUUAGUAUUAAUCAAAGUAUUGUACUUACCUAUAAAAAAUAUUAAAUCAUAUGUAUUUGGCACAACCGCUAGUUGAAAUCAUGUUGCAAGAUUCUCAUACAAUUAUGGAAAUUAAAAAAUAUAUUUCUUGCCGAAUAUUAAUAAAAUCAUAAAAAAAUAAAUUAGCGUAUCCAAUAAAGAAAUAAAAAUUAAUCUAUUGUAAUAAAGACAAAAAUGGUGCCGAAUUUGAUUUUAAAAAGUUAUUAAUAAAAUUAUAAUAAAAAGUACAUUUAUUGAAAAACUACUUUCGCAUCCGUUUAUUCCAUCAAUUAAAUAAUAAAAAAUCUUAAAUUUUCAAG